GCCCCGUCCGCGCCGCGGGGCUCCGAGGGAGCGGGGGCCGUGCCCCAGCCAUGGCCGGGCGUGGAGCGCGGCUGCGCUGCGGCCGCCCCCCGUCCCUGCUCCUCCUCACCUGGCUCUGCGCGCCCCUGCUCGGCCAGCCCGGAGCCUCACACGCGGCUGUAUCUGAACCUUCUUUUAUUGCUAAAAGUGAAGAUCGUUUGUUUAAGCAUUUAUUUGAAGACUAUCAAAGAUGGGUACGUCCAGUGGAACGCUUGAAUGACACAAUAAAAAUCAAGUUUGGCCUUGCAAUCUCUCAGCUAGUAGAUGUGGAUGAGAAAAAUCAAUUGAUGACAACAAAUGUAUGGUUGAAACAGGAAUGGAUAGAUGUAAAAUUAAGGUGGAAUCCUGAAGACUAUGCUGGAAUAACAUCUAUCCGUGUCCCGUCAGAAUCUAUUUGGAUUCCAGAUAUUGUGCUGUAUGACAAUGCAGAUGGGCGUUUUGAGGGAACAUCUACAAAAACUGUGGUAAAAUAUGAUGGCACCAUUGCUUGGACUCCACCAGCAAACUACAAAAGUUCUUGUACUAUUGAUGUAACAUUCUUUCCCUUUGACCUUCAAAAUUGCUCAAUGAAAUUUGGUUCCUGGACUUACGAUGGCUCACAGGUUGAUCUAAUUCUUGAAGAUUAUGAUGUUGACAAAAGAGAUUUUUUUGAUAAUGGAGAAUGGGAAAUAGUGACUGCGACAGGGAGCAAAGGCAAUAGGACUGAUGGAUGCUGCUGGUAUCCUUUCGUUACAUAUUCAUUUAUAAUUAGACGUUUGCCACUUUUUUACACUUUGUUUCUAAUUAUUCCUUGUAUUGGGCUUUCAUUUUUAACUGUCCUUGUCUUCUAUCUUCCUUCAAAUGAAGGUGAAAAAAUUUCACUUUGCACUUCAGUACUGGUAUCUUUGACUGUUUUUCUUCUGGUUAUUGAAGAAAUUAUUCCAUCAUCUUCUAAAGUUAUCCCGCUCAUAGGAGAGUACUUGGUGUUUACUAUGAUCUUUGUGACCUUAUCCAUUGUGAUCACUGUCUUUGCUAUCAAUAUCCACCACCGCUCCUCGUCCACACACAAUGCCAUGGCACCUUGGGUUCGCAAGAUAUUUCUGCACAAGCUGCCCAAGCUGCUUUGCAUGAGAAGCCACGUUGAUAGGUACUUUGCCCAGAAGGAGGAAACAGCAAAUAUGAAUGUAUCAGAAUCAUCCAGGAACACCUUGGAGGCAGCUCUGGAUUCCAUCCGCUAUAUUACGAGACACGUUAUGAAGGAGAAUGAAGUUCGCGAGGUUGUUGAAGACUGGAAAUACAUAGCUCAGGUGCUUGAUCGAAUGUUCUUGUGGGCUUUUCUUCUGGUUUCAAUAAUUGGAUCACUUGUAUUAUUUAUUCCUGUUAUUCAUAAAUGGGCAAGUAUAAUAGUACCUACACAUAUAGGCAGUACAAAUGCAUAAAAUACCUUUGGAGCCAUGUCCUGCUGAUCUGGCUCUAAGUUUUGCAGUAGCUCUGUUUCCCUGCACGUUCUUUGUAGACGUGUUUCUGAUAGAGUGAAAAAAAAUUUCCAAAACUAGAAAAUUAGGUUUAUCUUAAAGCAUGGCAUUCCCAGGACACAAUAGAAGUCCAUUUGCUUAUUACCAGUCUACUGAGUUACUGCUAAGCCAACUCAGAAUUAGAAGAACCUUCUCAAGCCAUGGCAUGUAUGAUUUAUCAAAAAAGCAUACACUGACACCUACUGUGAUAUAGAAGGAUUUCAAUUUUUUAAUGAUGAUCACUGUAGUCCAAUUAUUUAAUUACUAGAUAAAUUGUUAUACUGAAUAUUAAAUAUUUGCAGUUACACAGUAGAGUUGCUUAUUUCAAUUUAGUAUAUAAAGGAGAAUUUUUAUAAGUUCUCUUCAGUGUGUUGUAGAAGUCUGAAAUUUCACCAGAGUAAUUUAAAAUAAUAAUAAAAAUACAAGUUAAACUUCCUGUAUUUAUAAUAUACAACUAAGAACAGCAAUUUGGCCAUGUCUGGCCUUUAUAAAUUUUCACUGGAAUUCGCUGCUAAAUUUUAAAGCUUAUUAAUUCUGUGAUACCAACAUGAGCAUUUAAUAAGCCUUAAAAUGCCUAAAGCACGUGUAUAUAUUGAUGUCUCCAUCAAUUUUAGAAAGGAAGGUGAAGACAAAGGCAGUUAACUAAAUUCACAAAGUGCAUAAGUAUUCUAAGGGGCUGGAACAUUCAGAUUUCUUUACCCUUGAUGAAGAAUUGCAGACAUGUUCAUUAUUUCCUGUCUUUGAGUGUUACUCAGAAUGAAGAAUUUAAGCACAGGGAGAAGGAAUUUGUGGAGUGUCUUUCUGAAGGAAAUGGGUUAUAAAUCAUUAUGGUGUGGAACCAAAUGGAGAUGAUUAAUGAUUUUCACAUUUGUUAAACUGAAUUUAAGAGAGGUACCUUGGAUUAGUUCUUUCACUUAUGAAACCAUAUGUAAUUCUAAACACCAAGGACUUAGAAUUUUCAAUAUUUUCUUUUUCCUAAGAUCAUUGAAAGCAAACUUAGAAUUUUUCAAUUAUUCCAUUAAAAUAUGUCCUUUACAUUGAUUCCAAUGCUACCUUUCUUCCUUUCUUAAUAGCUUUAUUUCUGGAAAAGACUCUAAAAUAGUUGGGUGUUUUCCUACACUAAAGUUUUUUCAGUAUUGUUCAUAAUAAAAUUUCAUCCUGUAGGCCUAAUACAGGAGUGCCAGGCUAGAGGAAAUCUUAGGAAGUUUUUGUUACCUUAAAUUACCACAUGAAUAAUAACAUGUUUAGGUGAGAAGCUUAAAUGUAAACUGUGGUAUCUUUGAUAAUUUUAAGUUUUUAUAGUGAUUAUGAAUUAGAACAGAUAGAUAUUUCUCCCACACCCCCUCCCAGAUCUCCUUUAGAAUAGCCCUGCACUGAUUAUAAUAGUGAUUACUUAUGAUAUAAUUUAUAUAUAACUAAAUAUUUAUUUCAAAAAGUUUUAAUCUGCAGGAUAUUCUUGGUUUUGUGUAGCCUUUAAAGGCUCACAGGUAUGGAAAUGAUAUCAGGCAGGCCUUUUGUCUUUUUUUCCUUUUUUUUUUUAUUAGCAGUUAGGGAGUCACUCUUCUUCAGUUACACAAUUACAUCAGACAUUAGAUACAUAUGUUUCCUUUAUUCCAAUCAUAACUUUAAAGGUUAAUUAGUAAAGAUUGUCUGGUUUAAUUCAUUAAUAUAAGACCUUUUAACUUCUCAUUAUUACUGAGGUUAAACAAUGCAUCAAUGACUUUCUAUGAGUUCAAGUUGCAGAAGUACUUCAGAUAGCUUGUUUCCUCUUCAAAUACUACAUUUCUUUUUAAAGUCUUCCAUAGGUUUGAAUUACUGAAAUUUACCUGAAGAGAAAGCAAAGUGAGUACAACUGUAGAUUAGAUAUAUAUCUUAUUUUUUUAACUCUCCAUUUCAUCUCUUUCUCCUUGUUAAAUGAUGUCUCCAGGCUGCCCAGUUAUAUCAUGAUGGACAGCACAUUGCCCAGUGGAGUCACUCUAUUAUAGUAACUCACAGUUUUUGCAAAUGCAUGAAUUUCUUUUAGUGACUUCUAGUCUGAUCAUGAUAGAUUCAGAUAACAUAGCUGACACUGGAAUCCUUGGGGUCUUUUGCUUAUCAGGUGUAUCUGAAACAAAAUAAUGUUAAUAUACUCAGAAGCAUGGAUUUUUACUUCUGUAACUUACUGCUGAAUGUAUUGAACUGUAGGUAAUGCUACCGUAUAGCAUUCUGUCACUUGCUCAAAAUAAAUUUAAAAAAAAGG